AUGACUCACAUGUUCAUUUCAAAUUUUAAACCAGCACAGUUUCUUUCUGCUCCUCAGAAAUCUGUUCAAGGAUCAAGUAUCACACUGAGUGACCUUCAUGAAGAUACAAACUAUUACUUUAGUACAAAGUCGCUGAGACACGGAGAACCCUUGGACAGCAAAUCUUUUACGACACGUCUGCUCAGUGAAGCUGCUAUAAAAGUAAAUGUUUCAGCAACGAGUGUUUUAUUUGAUUGGAAGGAGUUUGGAGAUUUAAAACUUCUUGCUGUGAUAACCCUUAAUUUCACUUCACACACUAUUCCACUGAAUAAAACUGAGUAUGUGUGGAAUGAAUUAACACCUGGAACGCUGCAUAAUUUCUCUUUGGAAUUCAAGCAAGUGCAUCUCGUUGGAAUAAAUUUGACGCAAAUCUUUGAUAUUCUCAUCGAAACAGUGUCAUGUCCUCCAGACUGGAUUGGAUCAAAAUAUAGUUGUUACUGGAUAAGAAAAGAGCACAUGAAAUGGAAAGAGGCACUCCAUUUCUGUGAAUCAGCAGCAACUGGAGCUCACCUUCUUGACAUAAAUACUGAAGAAGAACAUAUGCUCAUAUCCUCGCACCUCAGGUCUCUGAAUAAUUACAACAUGCUAUGGACUGGUCUGAAUGACAUUGAGACAGAAAGAGAUCUUCAGUGGACUGACAAAUCUGCCUAUCUAAGAAAUAUCUUUAAGCAGAAUCUUCCAUCAAAUGAGACUGAUUGCUUUGCAUUGCAAUUGAAUCCAAUAGGCCCUGACUACGUGCUUACAGAGUUUUAUUGCUUUCUGUCUUUACCAUACAUUUGUGAAUAUGAAGUUCUUCCAAAGAAUGUUCGUUUAGAAUUAGUAGAUGUGCAAGAAAGUAGAGCCACCUUUGUCUGGGAUGAUUUACAAGAUUCAUUCACAACCGAAUCCGAACUAUUUAUUUGGUACCAAACUACUGACGAAAACCGACAUUCCUACAGCAUAUUACCAAACUCUACAAGAAUACUUAUCUCUGGUCUGUACCCUGGACACCUCUACUAUUUUGCAUUGAAGUUAAGAGAUGUGGCAGGAGCCCAAAUAACUCUUAGUCCAAUUUUGAGUUUAUACACACGACCAAAUCCACCAAGAGAUGUUACAUCUGGAAAAGUAUCAUCCACUGUAUUAUGGUUUCAUUGGACCCCUCCUGACAGCUCACAGAAUGCAUCAUUUCAGCGCUAUUUUGUCACUUACAUUGAAUUUGAAUCAAAUAAUCAGGGCACUGAAACUGCCAGGAGUGAAGAAACCUCUGUGGUGCUCAGAAACCUCAAGCCAUUACACUCUUACAAAGUUUAUGUACAAACUGUGGCUGAAUCAGGAUCAUUAAGUUGUGCUGAGGGACCAGUACUUGCAUCCACAGCUCCCAGCCCUCCUGCCAAGGUAUUUAUUAACCAUGAGGAUGUUUGGGAAGACAGAUUUAUUGUGAAUUGGGAACCACCAUCUGAAGACAUUGAUGAAUACUAUAUACAAGUGAAAAUCAGUGAAAGUGGUGAUGUCGUCAUUGAACAUUCGAACUCUAAUAUAAACAAAACUACCUUUCAAUGUAAUUUUAUGAUUCCUGGUAUCACCUAUGAUAUUGAAGUGGCAAUGGUAAAGAGUGGUAAGAGAAGUGAACCAAACAUUAUCACGCAAACCAUGAAGCCUAGACCUGUUGAAAUAGUUGUUCCAAUUGAUGUUCAAACUCACUCAACAGUGCUGUAUGUUGGAAUGCCAAACAUUGGUUCAUACGAUGGUCUUAAUGUUAUGUAUGAAGAUGAAAUCGAAAGAACAGUUGCAGCAAAGGGAGAUGUAAAUCUAACGAUAGAAAACCUGGUACCAGGCAGAGAGUACAGUUUCGCCAUGUAUACCACCAGUGGCAACAUGAAAAGCAAAGUCUAUCGAGUCCCAGUUGUGAAAACAUGCUUAGCACCACCCACUAAUGUGCGUGAAGGCAGAGUUACAGAAACAUCAAUGGAAUUGCUGUGGGAUAAGGCAGAUGGUCACUUUUACCAAUAUGAAGUUUUAUGUACAAACUGUGACAUGCAACUGAUGGUUAGAAAGGUCAAACAAGAGCAUGCAGAAUUUACACAUUUGGCCCCUGGAACAUUGUAUAACGUUUCACUUCGAACAGAGAAGGAAGGCUACCGAGAUAGCACGCAAGUAAUACAGCAAAUAUUUACAAUGCCCAGCCCAGUGGAAUAUUUUAAUUAUAGCAAGACUUCUAAUUCAAUAAGUGUCAACUGGCAAGAACCAGCUGACUCAUGUGAUGGAUAUAAUGUUACACUAUCCCGUGAAAAAAUCCUUCAGACAAUCAAACUACCAGUUACACACCCCCGAAUAUAUAAUUUUGACAACCUAACACCAGGAACCAUCUACUUUGUAACCAUUCAUACAACUCGGUCAACAAAGAGAAGCCACCCCACAACAAUCAGUGUUAGAACAUUACCUGAACCUCCAGCAGAUUUGGAAUUUGUUGAACAGGAUGAGAAUUCAGCUUAUCUGGUUUGGAAAUCUCCUCGGGGGCAAUUUGAUGCUUUUAAGCUGAAGUACUUCUUGUCUCGUGGCAAUAAAGCAAUAUAUGAAACAACUAUACAUGGCAAUAAGUUUAGGAUCAAAGACCUUAUUCCUGGAGAAGAAUAUAUUUUUCAGGUGAAAACCAUUAAAGGCAAGGAUUGCAGUGACCUCAUUGUGAAGAGAGUAACAACAAUACCCGAAAAACCUCGGAUGCUGGAAAUUUCAAAUGUUUUGUCAAGAUCGUUUGUUGUGCAUUGGAGAGCGCCUUUUGGACAUGUGGAUCGCUACAAAGUGGAUCUUGAUCCUGAUCAAGGCUUUGUUCAUGUCACAGACUUGGGGGAUGGUAGUUUCCAGGCUGUUGUUUCUGGUGCUACCCCUGGCAUAGAUUACACCGUCACUGUCUCUUCAGUCUCUUCAUCGUUUAGCAAGUCUGUCAGCAGAUCAUUUACGACAAAUGAAUCUUUGCCAGAUCCUCCAUAUGAUAUUGUAGAUGAACCAAUUGGCGCCACUGCAAUAAUGCUGGCUUGGAGUGUACCCUUGAGUCCAAGUGGAAGGAUAUUUUCUUAUGUGGUGAAGUACAAAGAGGUCUGUCCUGUUCAACAAGCCAGCUUUAUCCAACUUAUGACAAAUUCAGAAACUCCAGAGUUCCUUCUCAAUAACCUGAAACCAGGAACAGCUUAUAAAAUUCAGGUUGCAGCUGAAAAUGGUGCAGGUAUUGGAGCUUUUGGUAACUUUCGAAGAGUUGUAACAGCAGAGAGUGCUCCCGGUGCCGUUUCCUUGCUUUCUGCAACUGCUGUCAAUCACACAACGGCCAAUGUGACAUGGUUUCUACCUCAACAACCGAAUGGGAAGAUUACUCAAUUCAGAAUAAUUGUAAAAUUUGCAAGAAGUGGAAAGCUGUCGAAAAAUAUGACUCUGAAGGCAGACUUGCUUUUCCCAAACACUUUAACACAAUGUGAGGAUGACGUUUCAUCAAGUACCACUCCUUCAGCAUCGCUUUCAACUUCAGCAUCUGCUGGCACUGCAUUUCAAUCAGUCACGUCGGAAAACCCAGGGAGAGUAGCACUCCAGUCUGCCAGCGUUCUGGUGACUCAUCUGAACCCGUACACCACCUACCUGUGUGAAGGGUCUGCGUUUACCAAAGAAGGGGAAGGUCAGAUAACAAGUGCCUUGUUCAGAACACCAGAGUGGAUUCCAGAAGAACCACCUCAAAACCUAGUCUUCCGUAACCUCACAUCAAAGUCAUUUAUAAUCAACUGGGAUCCACCACUGACUAUAACAGGAAGAUUAUUUUACAGAGUUGAGCUUCGAGGGCCUUCAGGACGAAUAUCGUAUAACACCACCAGAGACCUUAGGUUUUUCUUUGUGAAUCUGCUGCCUUUUAUAAAAUAUGAAGUCAUUGUUACCCCAGAGACGGCAGUGGGACCUGGACCAAAAGCCAAUGUGACAGUCAUUACAUCUCCAGAAGUUCCAGGCAAAGUCUCUCAUUUAACAGCAACAGAAGUAGAAGCUGAGUCUGUGACACUGGAAUGGAGAAAGCCUCGCCAGCCAAAUGGUGUUAUUACCCGGUAUCGAAUUAAUGUUCUGCUAACGAAAUCACAAACAUCUGUACAAAAUAUAAUCUUGACUGAAAACCUCCAGGAAAUUGAUACCUCUCCUGAACCAGUAAAUACUGGGAGUGAAAGCAGUCUCCAGGUCAUUGACCUUACAUCUGAGCAGCUGUCAUAUGUUGUGAGGCAACUCAUACCUUACACUGAUUACAUUAUCAGAGUGUCAGCCUUCACUAUUGUUGGAGAGGGACCACCAACCAAUAUAUCCUUAAAGACGCAGCAGCAUGUGCCAAGUUCAGUGCAGAAUAUAAUUUAUAAAAAUCUCACUUCCACAUCUAUUCUCUUAUUUUGGGACCCUCCUGCUUUCCAUAACGGUGUAAUCACUCACUACACCAUCUACUAUGCUGUGGCGAUGGACACUAAAAAAGCCUUUCACAAAGUAACAGUAAACACCAACGUUACUCUAACAGAUCUGAAAAAAUACACAAUUUAUAAAGUUCGACUGACAGCAUCGACUGCUAUUGGUGAAAGCUCUCUCUCUGAAAGAGAUAACAUUUUUGUGCAAACUCUUGAAGAUGAGCAAUAGACACCUCCGUAAAACUUGACCUUAAAAAAUAUUUCUGCAACUGCUGUGUACUUGAGCUGGUCACGUCCAGAGAAACCCAAUGGUAUUAUUGUAAAUUAUGAAGUCACUUACACUAAUCAGAUUGAUUCUUUCACAAUGAAUAGUUCAAAAACAGGAAUUUGUCUCAGAAACCUAAAGCCAUUCACUCCUUAUAAUGUCUCUGUGUAAAUGUAUACCAAGUACGGUCAUGGGAAUCUAACGUCUUUAACUAUGCUUGUGGUGACUGAACAAGAUGCUCCUAGCAGUCCGCCCUUUAAUGUGACCUGUAAGAGCAUUAGUUCCACUGAGGUAGCAGUUUCACAAAACCCACCACUGAAUGCCAAUAGUAUUAUAUUAUUCUACACUGUAAAUUAUUGGAAUGUCUUUCCUGAUGGUCCACCGCAAAACAUCACGUAUGUGCACCUUUCUCCGUCGGCUGUAGAAGUAUUCUUCUCUCCACCAACAGCUCCAAAUGGAAUUAUCCGUUUCUACACAUUAUAUCUCAUACCCUUGAAUGGCAGUGAAAAGCGUAUUAUCAACAGCACAAAUGUAACUGCUAAAAUAACAGGUUUAAAGACUUAUGAAAAAUAUAUUUUAAAAAUAUCAGCAAGUACUAGCAAAGGCGAAGGAAAUCAAAGUGAAUCAAUGUACAUUUUAACCAGAGAAGACGUUCCUGUCUCUCCUCCACGAUCAUUGGCAUCAGAACAAUUAUCUUUUACCACUGUACGUCUGUCAUGGGAACCUCCCUUGGAGCCAAAUGGAGUUAUAUUGUACUACACUGUUCAUGUUUGGAGUACAACCACACAACUCACUUUAAAUGUGACUGGGACAUCUGCACUGUUGACAGACUUAGAACAUAAUCGCGAACACCAUGCUUUUGUAACAGCGAAUACGAGGCAUGGUGAUGGAGGAAUGAAAAGCAACAAUAUCACAUUCCGAUCAUCUGAGGGUUCUCCAGGUGAACCACCAGGCAAUGUUUCCUAUGUUAACAUAAGCUCGACUUCUGUUCAGGUUUUUUGGAAUUCUCCUUACAAACCUAAUGGAAACCUUCAAUACUACACAAUUUAUUAUAGAAAUACUUCUGGCGUAUUUACACUGAAUGUGACAGAUUUUGAUGAGGAAGGCAGUGUGGAAAAUGCAAAUGUUUCAGCACAAUUGAAUAACUUGACCAAAUUCAGCCACUAUCAGCUGUGGGUAACUGCCAGUACCCCUCUUGGAGAUGGGAAUCAGACCAGUGAAAUGAUUGAUGUGUACACUGUUGAAGAUGUUCCAGAAGGAGCCGUACAAAAUAUUACCUCUCAAAAUAUUUCUUCAACAUCCGUAACUAUAAGCUGGCUCCCACCUCUUCAGCCAAAUGGAAAAGUAUUCUACCACAUCUUCUGGGACGUAGGAGUCCUUGAGUCACACAGCCAGAAGUUUUCCAAAAUUACUACUGACACAAGUAUACGAAUUGAAGGACUACAGAUGUCCACGGACUAUAUGAUCAGUGUCACUCCUGCAACAAGCAGAGGAUAUUCAGAAAAUACUACAACAAUCCUACAUAUCAGAACAGAUGUAGGCAUUCCAGAAACAUCACCUGCAAAUCUUACAUAUAGAAAUCUAUCAACUACAGCAAUUCAGUUAUCCUGGAAUCCAAUUUCUGAAAUGAACGAUGCUAUAUUAUCUUACACCAUAGAACUCAAUGGACCGUCUGGGACUAAUUUCUCAACAACCUCUAGGACUAGUCUUACUUUAACUAACCUUUUGCCUUUCACACACUAUAAUGUCUCCGUGUCUGCAAACACAAGCAAAGGUCUUGGUCCCUCCUCUUCACUCACAGUGUUAACAGAGGAAUCAGUGCCAUCGGCUCCUCCACAAAACCUGGAGAUAGUGAAUAGUUCAGCAGAUUCUGUCUUGGUUCGGUGGAAACCCAGUCCUAAGCCAAAUGGUCUUGUGCAGUUCUACAGUUUUAAAAUCAUUGAAAGCAGAAAUCAAAGCACAUUUUUCAAGAAUACAACUGCAGUGCUCCAUGAAGCAUAUCUGACUGGAUUCGAAUUGCCUGGUGAAUAUUACAUCAGUGUGUCAGCAUUCACAAAGGUGGGGAAUGGAAAUCAAUUCAGCAAUAUUGUCAUUUUCCGGACAAAUAAUUCAGAAACUGUCCAAAAUCUUCACUGCUAUGCAUCAAGCUGGCAGUCAGUCACCAUCCAAUGGGACCCACCGUUACAACCAAAUGGAAAUAUCACUCAUUAUAUACUUAUAUUUGAAAAUCAUAAUCAAACAGUUGCUCCCAGUUACCGUGCAUAUACAUUUACAGAUCUCCAAGCAAAUACUUCCUAUCAAUUCAGUGUCGUAACUGCAACCUCUGUCGGAGAAGGAAAAGGCACAAAUUGCAUUGUCAGCACAUUACCAGCAGCAGUCCCCAGUGCUCCCAGGAAACUAGAGGUAGUCAACAUCCAGUCAACAUUUGUCACUUUGAGAUGGAAACUCCCAGAGAUUGUCCCUGGAUACAUAACGUUCUUCAGGAUCACUGUAUACCUACGCUCUGCCUCAUGCACUGACUGGGAAACUUCGGGAUGUGUUGAAACUGAGGAAGUUAAAGACUAUACAAAUGGCAAAGAGGAUGAUGAUGAUGAUACCAUAGAGACAACUGUAUCAGGGCUAAAGAAAUUCCGAUGGUACAGGUUUAGAGUUGCUGCUAGUACAAAUGCUGACUAUGGCAACUAUUCAGCUUGGGUUUCUGCAAAGACAGCAGCUGGCUAUCCAGAUGGCCCUCCUGAAAAUAUAACUGUUACAGCAAUAUCCCAUGACACCAUUGUAAUUACCUGGGAGCAGUCUGCAAUAAUUACAGGUCCAACUUCCUAUCUUAUAGAUGUCAUAACGGAGGAUAGCCAGGAAUUCAACAUAACCAUUCUUAAAACAGUGGAUCAGAACAAAACUUGUGAAAUAUUUGGUUUGAAACCAUUCACAAGGUACUCUGUGACAGUCAUAGCAUUUACUGGCAAAGAGGAAGAGGCCCGUGUUCACGGUAAAGCCAGUGAGCCUGUCAUUAUUAGAACACUUGAAGCAGUGCCAAAGGGUGCACCGGAGAAUUUUACUCUUCAGGAGAUAUCUGAUGAAGUGACAAAGGUGUAUGUGUCUUUCAUACCACCAUCUAACGCCAGUGGUGAUAUUAAUGGUUACCAGGCUAUCAUUCACAAAGAAGGGGACACUUCUGAUAUCCGUGUGGACAAUCUUAAAAUUAUUGACAAUAAUCAAUCACUUAUUGCUGUCAUAGAAGGGCUAAAAGGUGGAAACACGUACACAAUAAAAGUCCGUGCUAUAACUGGAGCUGGUGUUGGGCCACAGACAAGUGAACAGAGAGUAACAAUGGGCAUCAAAGCUCCACCUAAACCUGAUCAAAAGCCAUCUGUUGCUUUGGACAGUUCCGGAGUUAAGUCAGUCAAGUCCACUACUAUUGAGAUCAGAAUGCCGAACUGUUAUUUCAGAGAUGACCACGGACCCGUCAAGACAGUCCAAGUAAUUGUGACUGAAAUAAGAGGUAUCAAUAAUGGAAAUAUUUCUACAUGGUAUGAAGCCUAUUUAAAGAAGCCCAAACCAUAUUUUGCGAAUGAGGGAUUUGCAAAUCUGUCAUGUGAUAGCAAAAACAAAUAUAGACGUAGUGUUAACAAAGAGACAUAUAUCAUUGGAGCUGAAAAAUCCUGUCAGUCUGUGGGAAGUAAAGGGAAAAUCUGCAAUGGACCUCUAAAGCCCAAUAAAGAGUACCUGUUCAAAUUUCGAGCAACAAACUUCCAGAUGCAGUUUACAGACUCAGAAUACUCUGAUCCAGUCAGAACCCUGGCAGAUGGUCUGUCAGGAAGAACUAUUGAAAUCAUCCUUGCAGUGACUUUGUGUGUGCUCUCUAUCAUCUUGCUUGUCGUGGCUAUCUUUGUGAUUGCAAGAAUAAGACAAAAGCAGAAGGAAGGAGGUACAUAUUCCCCAAGGGAGGCCGAAAUUAUUGAUACAAAGUCCAAGCUGGACCAGACGAUUGCAGUGGCAGACCUGGAACUAAAAGAGGAGACCCUGACACGUUAUUCCUCGUUGUUUUUUAGACGCAAGGAAAUUUUUGUCAUCCAGCUACUCAGUUAUAGGAAGUCUCUCAAACCCGUUAACAAGAAAUCAUUCCUGCAACAUGUUGAAGACCUGUGUGUUAACAACAAUCUGAAGUUUCAAGAAGAAUUUUCGGAACUUCCAAAAGUAGGUCAAGAACUCACAUCGUCUGAUGCUGACUUGCCUUGGAACCGAUCCAAGAACCGCUUUGCAAAUAUAAAACCCUAUAACAAUAACCGAGUGAAGCUCAUGCUUGAAGCUGGUAUCCCUGGGUCUGAUUUCAUCAACGCUAGCUAUGUGUCAGGUUACCUGUGUCCGAAUGAGUUCAUUGCAAGCCAAGGUCCUUUACCUGGAACCGUUGCGGAUUUCUGGAGAAUGAUUUGGGAAACUAGGUCUAAAUCCAUAAUUAUGUUAACACAAUGUUUUGAAAAAGGCAGAAUACGAUGUCACCAGUAUUGGCCUGAGGACAACAAGCCAGUGUCUGUAUUUGGAGAUAUUGUAAUCAGUAAGAUAACAGAGGACAUUCAGGCAGAUUGGACUACACGAGAACUAAAAAUUGAAAAGGAUGGUGAUUAUAUGAUGGUGAGGCAUUUCAACUUUUCUUCUUGGCCUGAACAUGGAGUUCCUGAGUGCAGCACAACUUUGAUUCAUUUUGUGAAACUAAUUCGAGCAUCCAGGGCCAAUGAUAGCACACCUAUUGUUGCACAUUGCAGUGCUGGAGUAGGCAGGACUGGAGUCUUUAUUGCACUUGAUCACCUUAUACAGCAUGUGAACCACCACGACUUUGUGGACAUUUUUGGAUUAGUGGCAGACUUACGAAAUGAACGAAUGUGCAUGGUGCAGAACUUGGGGCAGUACAUGUUUUUACACCAAUGUGCUGUGGAUCUCCUGAACAAUAAAGGCAACAGUCGUUCACUGUGGUUUGUAAAUUAUUCUGCUUUGCAAAAAAUGGACUCCCUGGAUGCAAUGGAAGGUGAUGUGGAAUUGGAGUGGGAAGAAACAACCAUGUGAUUCUCGAGCACUGAUGAAUUAGAAGGUUUCUGUGAAAUGAUUUCAGAAAAUGAACAUGGAAGCUUCUAUGAAAAAGGGCCAAAAUUCACCUAUAAAUAGACUUUUUCCUCAAAUUACCAGACUGAGCAAUUUCUUUAUCACCACUGUGUCUGAAUGAAUUACUACCAAAAUUACACUUUUGUGUUUGGAUUGAACAGAUUCUAAUUUACAUAAUAGUCUAUUAUUGUUUGCAUACAUUCUGAGUGUCCAUUUUCAUUACUGAAUGUUGAUGGCUUAUUUUUACUCUUUUAUACUUAGUUUUUUUAACCUAAAGUGAGCCAAACAUGAUGUAAAGUUUAAUUUUUUUCAUGGCACUUUGUUGCUUUUUGAUGAGUAAAUUUGAGUUUGCAGUUGGAUUUGUAAAUGUCCAUUUGCGUUUAGUUUUGAAUUAAAUAUUACUUUUUUUGAGUUGUC